AUGUGUACUGACACAAACGUGAAAAGUCAAGUUCCUGGCACAGGAGGAGAUGAAACGUUCUUCGGAAUACGUCAGAACCUUGAAUUUGGCGGCUUAACUCUUACAACCAACAUAACAAAACAGUUUGAUAUCCCCUGUGGACUUACAAUUGGAAAUAUGAUUGCUCUCCGGGGAGUGUUCACCGCCUACACGGGAUUUAUCUUAAACGUUCAAGUAGACCCGAACAAUUAUCUCCUCCACUUCCGACCCCAGAAUGGUUUCAUCACACUCAACUACAAGAGGAAUGCCGGUUGGGGGACAGCAUCCACGGCCAACAUCACCAGCUACCCGUUUCAAGUGGGACAACAGUUUCUUCUCAACAUACUUACCCGAGGUGAUGGCUUGGCAAUGUUUGUUGAUGGGAAGUUGGUGGCCACCUACCCAUACAUCUUCCCUGCAACAUCAGUUAGAUAUCUUUUGCUGCAAGCGACUGUUCAGCUCUUGCAGUUAAGUAUUUAG